AUGAAAUCAGUUGGGGUGAUAAAUCUAUGGUUUACACCGAUGGAAUACGGCGAUAUCAACGGUGUCCGUAUAUUGGGGACAUCUACUCCACCACUGGUUGGGAUUAACAUCCAGGAGGCUAUAUAUAGCACACUUAUUCCAUUGGGUACAGGCAUCAUAUUACGGUCAUUUAUAGUAAAACUAAACCACUGUAAUAUCAACACUGCGUGGUUUCCAAAAGGACUAUUGUUGGCAAUAGCCUAUCAUUGGUUUUGUGAUGCCUUGUUAGUAGAUGCAUCAUCAGUACAAGCUGCAGAUAUACUGUUUUGUGUAUUUAUUGCAUGCGUGGGCCAUCUCCUUCUUAAUAGUUUAUGCUGGAUUUUGGGAUCUCAAUGGUUACCACGGAGUAUUCUGCUGGCUAUACUAUUUACAAGCACUCACAAGUCCGUAAGUCUUGGUGGAUGGAUUUUACGAGGAGCUUUCCAUGGUUCAGCUCAUCAGUCAGCUGUAACAUUACCAUUGACAAUAUUACCUGUUGCGCAAUUAUUAUUAGGUAGUUUGUUAGCUAGUUGGCUAGCUCCAUAAUAUAAAAAUUUAAUGGUAAUAUUCUACAAUAGAAAUAUUAAGUUUUAGACUAUUCUACAUAUAAAGCUGCUUAAUAGACAACCGACUUGAGAAAUGCAUUCUAAGCAUUAAAACUAUAUUGAUAGUUCAUGCAUUUGAAUUUAAAUAUUUACAAUUUACUAUGAUUUUAAAUUUAAUAUUAUAUUUAUUUAUGAUUAUAGAGAAAAUUAAUAGAUUAUAGAUAAAAUCAUGAAUUUAGAAAUAUUACAGGAUAUAUUUAUUAAAUAACUAUGCUUUGAAAACAAAAAAAUGCACGAACAUCUAAAAAUGAAAAGUUUCUAAAAGUGAAUCAAACAACAUAUAGAUCGUAGUAACAAUAACACUUUUAUUUUUAAAUAAACGCUUGUAUGUUUUAGAGUUGGCUUAUUCUCUAUUUGAGAGCUCGGAAUAGUUUAUCCAUUUUCGAUACCCAUAGGCGAAGU